UACUUUGGUUCAUCGUAUAUGCCGUCGCACCGAUUUGAAGAAUGGCAAAAGGACUCGGCUUCGAGCUCUUCGUCAGCAGAUUAUCUUCGUACACCACGAAUCAAGGUCUCAAAAAUCUGUUUUCGCAGUUUGGUGCAGUCACUGAAGCUAGGCUAGUUAAAGACCCUAAAACCCAGAGGCCCAAAGGGUUUGGAUUUGUCACAUUUGAGAAGGAGACUCAUGCUCAAAAAGCAUUGAAGUCCAUGAAUGGCAGGAAUCUUCAGUGCUGACAUUCUCAACUGCAGAAGUUAGGAGUUUAGGCAAUAUUUUGGAAGAAUUGGCAUGGACAAAUCGAUUCUGCUAGAUUAUCGAAUACAUUGGGUCUUAAGUUGAGAAGAUAGGGUAGUGUACGUCUGCCCUUCCAAGUUCCAGCCGUCACUAUAGGAGCCUUAUGUAUUGGCUGUUGUUUCCUUUUCUGUUGAAUACAUCAGUUUCAGUUUAGUGUUUGGACUUUGGAGAUGGGCACUCAGAACUGAUUUUCCAUGUUAAUUCUUAAAGACACUUUUAGUUGCUUAUGCUUGUGCUAGUGUGGUUAUUAAUGGUUAUGUUAAGGCUGUGAUCGGUGGCUGAAAUCAUAAUAUCUAAUGUAACCUGAUCCAGUCAUCAUUGACGUUCAUCAACUUGUAAAGAUAUGUGCACAUAACCGUACUCCUUGUAAUUCUGGUGAAAUAAUCUGAUACAUCAUUCAUAGACUUUUGCUAUAACUUCAUCACCGGUUUUUCUAAACAGAGAGUUGAAGGUUUGCAUAUAUCUUUUAGGUAGUAACAUGUUUAAUCUGCAUAGAUGAUGCAAUUAUGUUUCUGAAUACUAAACCGAGUCAAUAUACUUUCUUGUUAUGGCUUACAUU